AAGGUUAGUAAGUGGACAUAAAGUAAGAUGCAUAAUUAAGAUGGGAGAUAAGAUGAGAGGCAUUUAAUGGAGGAGUUUAUCCUUGUACUUAAUUGUUUGGAAAAAGUGGUAAUCAGUGUAAAUGAAGUUAGAGAAACAGGAGGCAUGAUUGAAGAGAUGUUGAAUGGAUGUUAUCCAAACAUUAAUUGUCCACCACCAUACGUGAAUGAUUAUUAUACAUUUUUAUCGUUGCAUAUGGUUGACAAUAUUGCUUCAUUUUUCGUCAUUCAUAUUUCAUAUUCAAAAGCUCAACUUUAUCAAACCCAAGUAAGUGUAAAGGGUAUCAAAGUUUCCAACUUGAUCUUAAUUCCUAUCCUUAUUUUAGAUGUUCUUCUUAAUCAUAGGAAUGUCUACAGCAUUAAAUAAGGCCAAGACAAAGAACCUUUGCUGAAAAUUUAUGAGCCAACUCGAUAUUAUUACGCCAUACAGAAAUUGAUAGAUAGAAAGUGAGGAGGGAAAAAAUAGAUGAGCUGGCGAAUUUGGGAACCUUCGCCGGAACCUGUUGGAUUGUCUUGGGGGAGUCUGUCUCUCGGCUCUCCCACCUGUGGGUGUGUUAUUUAAGGAAGGGAGGUCUGUACAAACUGAACUUGUGCCGUUGAGACACAAGGCAGUCUCUGAUUGGUUUGAGGGAAGACAAAUGGCAAUGCUUGGGUAACUGUUCCCAACUGUGGUGGCUCAUGGUCAGGGCUUUGCGUUUUUGAGAGUUUGACUACGUAGAAACGACGACGUAUAGUAGUACCAGUCCAGUUUACUCUCCCUUCUCUCUGUCUGCUGGUUGAGUAAAGGUGGGGAUUUUAGAAUUUCUUGUUUACUCAAACAGAGAGGUAGAGAAAGGGAGGGGGGAGGGGGCGGGGGGGAGAGAGAGAGAGAGAGAGAGAGAGAGAGAGAGGAAGUGAUGAACGACCUCUCCAAUGCAGCUCUGUUAGAUCACCAUUGUAGCACUUGCAAGCCCAUACCAUCUCUGGCCCUCUAUAUUCUCACAUCCCUUUUCGUCAUUGGCCUUUCCGUCUCCAUUUUCAUCCUCAUUGUCGUUCACAACGCAUUCUUCUUUGUCUCCUUCCUUUUAGUCUCUGCUAUCGUCCUCGCUUUCAUUCUCUGGAACACGCGCAGCUGGAGAAGAAGAGGUGCAAUGUUUUUCUUUCUCAGCUCUCUUCCUGAGACUGACCUUCGGCUGGCUCAGGAGGGUCAGCUCGUUAAGAUCACUGGGUUGACAACAUGUGGGAGUAUCUCCCUUGAAUCUUCGUAUGAGCGGGCUACAAGAUGUCUUUAUGCGUCAACUCUUCUAUAUGAAUAUGGAGGAUUAGCUCUAAAUCUAGUGAGUUUCAACAAGUCGUGCUUUCAGUGGAGUUUAGCAUAUUGUGAGAGGUUCUCGACGGACUUUUACAUAACCGAUAAGAAGUCUGGUCUCAGAGCAAUGGUCAAAGCUGGUUCUGGUUGUAAAGUCGUUCCCUUAAUACUCGAGAGUAGACUCAUCAAUACUACAAGAGAAUGCAGGAUUCUUUCUCCUUACCUGACAAAGUGGUUAAGGGAGAGAAACCUCUCAGUUGAAGCCCGUCUACUUCGUCUAGAGGAAGGGUAUGUUCAGGAAGGCAGCUCUGUGACUGUUGUUGGAUUAUUGCGAAGAAAUAAUGAUACACCUAUGAUUGUUCAACCUCCAGAAAUCAUCUCCACGGGAUGUUUAUGGCAAAAGUUGCUUCUCCCUGUUGACAUUGAUGGGCUGAUCCUCAGCGUUUCACAAAUGGCUGGCCUUCCAAACAACAAUUCUGUGCAAAACCUUGAACCAUAGUGUCUUAACAUAUUGGAUAGCUAGGAGUAUGUAGGACUAGGGACUCGUGGAUGAUAAACUUAAUAUCAUUUCAAACUCUACAUCCUUUGCAACCUUAGAAUUUACCCUCGCUUUUUUUUUUUUUUUUUUUUUUUUUUUUUGGCUAAUUUGCUCACUUGUACCCUUAAUUGUAACAUUAAUUUCCAUGUGACUUCUUUUUGUUAGCAUUUAUACAUAA